UUUCCCGCGUUUUUGGCACAGGGAGGGAGCCCUAAGGAGAAGGAGGGCUCACUCUCUGAUUGGACGGCCGGGCGCUCUGGCGCCAAGUUCGAAGCGCAUAUAAAGUAGCAACAAAGCCUGCCCUAGUUCUUCUGGUUACUAUUCAGUCUCCCAGAGUUCUUGGUUGUUGUCGCUGAUCGCCCGUCUGCUCCCGUUUCUUCUGUCCCGCCGCGAACCAUUACGAAAUGCUGGCCGCCCGCAACCCGCUGUCCUCGUCCUCUCACAACGAGCAGCAGUCCGCCUGCCGCUUGUCGCCCCUGAAGAGUUUGGCCUUGAGCGACAAGGAGAACACGCCUCCCUCUCUCAGCGCCACCCGAGUCCUGGCCUCCAAGACGGCGAGGAAAAUAUUUCAAGAGCCGGCAGCUGAGGCGGAUGCAUAUAAAGGUGUGAAGCAGCUGCCUUCAAACAACUUACAAGAUGAACCCCUGCUUCGGGAAAAUCCCCACCGCUUUGUUAUCUUUCCCAUUAAGUACCACGACAUCUGGCAGAUGUACAAGAAAGCAGAGGCAUCAUUUUGGACGGCUGAAGAGGUGGAUCUCUCCAAAGAUCUUCAGCACUGGGAAUCCUUAAAACCUGAAGAGAAGUACUUCAUUUCACAUGUCUUAGCAUUCUUUGCUGCAAGUGAUGGCAUUGUCAAUGAAAACUUGGUGGAGCGAUUCAGCCAAGAAGUACAGGUCACAGAAGCUCGCUGUUUCUACGGCUUCCAGAUUGCUAUGGAAAACAUUCAUUCAGAAAUGUAUAGUUUACUUAUUGACACUUACAUCAAAGACCCAAAAGAGAGGGAGUUCCUAUUUAAUGCCAUUGAAACCUUGCCAUGUGUUAAAAAGAAAGCUGAUUGGGCCAUGCGCUGGAUUGGGGACAAACAAGCUGCUUUUGGAGAGCGGGUAGUAGCUUUUGCAGCAGUCGAAGGAAUCUUCUUUUCGGGUUCUUUUGCAUCUAUAUUUUGGCUGAAGAAACGAGGGCUAAUGCCUGGACUCACUUUCUCCAAUGAACUGAUCAGCAGAGAUGAGGGCUUACACUGUGAUUUUGCUUGUCUAAUGUUCAAACACUUGGUACACAAGCCAUCUGAGGAAAGAGUGAGAGAGAUCAUCACUAAUGCUGUCAGGAUAGAACAGGAAUUCUUGACGGAAGCACUGCCUGUAAUGCUAAUUGGCAUGAAUUGCACUUUAAUGAAGCAGUAUAUUGAAUUCGUAGCAGACAGACUGAUGCUGGAACUAGGCUUUAACAAGAUAUUCCGGGCUGAGAAUCCAUUUGACUUCAUGGAGAAUAUUUCACUGGAGGGCAAAACUAACUUCUUUGAAAAGCGUGUGGGCGAAUAUCAGAGGAUGGGAGUGAUGUCAAAACCUACAGAUAAAUCUUUCACUCUGGAUGCAGACUUCUAAAUGAAACAGGACUGUGUCCAGCUAGUUCAAAAUGACAAGUGGUUUGUCCCAUUGUCCUCACAACUUAUGUUCCUACAAUGUGUGGUGGUAUUCUAGAAAAAUUUGUUUAGCUAAAGCAGGGGGGAAAGUAGUUUCCAAAAAUGAUAGACGUAUUUAAAAAAAAUACAUAAGCUACUCAGUUUUCAGAAAUAUCAGUGCUUGAAGUGGCAUGUAUCAUUCUCCCAUAAUAGGAUGCCAAUAGUUUGUCACAUCAGAGCAAGUCGUAUGGGUCAAGGUGCAGAAUUUCAUGAAUAAUCUGUAGGAAAACUGCAGAACCUAUAUAACCACACUGCCUCUUUUUAUUUACUAUUUUAAUAGUUUGUACAUAAACCUGGCACUUUAAUAAGUCUGGCCCUCAGUUCCCAGAGAAGGCUGGUGAUACAUGUGAGUUUAGGAUAAACUCUUUUUAGACUGUGUUUAAUCUGUUAUGCUCUUACUUGCAUGUAAACUACAUAUCUGAAGUGAUUCAAAUGAAACCUUUAGACUUGUACAGUUUCUAGCAAAGUAUCUUAAUAGACUUCGUAUGGAAGUAAAACUUGAAUAAAAUUCCAGUUUUCAAAAGAGCUGGAUCAAACUAUUAAGAGUUGACUUUUCAGCUUACAGCUUUUUAAUGAUUGAGGACUUACAGACUAUCCCUAUACAGUCUGUCCAUUUGAAAGGAGCUUGUAGCACUGUCAAGACCUCUCAAAUCUGAAAUAGAAGGCCCAUGUGCAGUUCAGACAUGAAGUGCUUCAUGCCAGUUUGCACAUUGCUACAUUGAGGACUUCUUGAAGAUGCUUAUGUGCUGUUAACACCCACCAAUAGCAGGCUGCUGUCUGGAUGUGCCCAAAAUACAUGCGGUUUUCUUGAGGGUAGCUCUUCCCCUUCCCCCAUGACUAGCAGGAGAACAGUAAACUGCAAAAUAAGGCAAUACAUGCUGGCUGGUAGAUGCUUGGUAAAAAUGGGGACUGGCUAAAUAGCUUAACCUCUUAAAUACACAAACACCAAAAAAAAAUCUGAUAGAUAUGACUCCUUUUAGGCAGUGUAGUUCAUGGAUUGAUACAUUGUUCUCUGUUUAUAGAGCAUUUAUACCCCAUGGUUUAAGAGGUUUUAAACAAAAUGGUGUAUUUAUCAUAGUCUGCAAUAAAAGUAAUCAGAGUAA